UGAGAGAGAGAGAGAGAGUUGGAGCUGUGCUGGGAGACUGAAGCACUCAGCAGUUGAACACUGCACAGAGAGAGUUGGAGCUGUGGGAGCCUAAAGCACUCAGCAGUUGAGCACUGCACAGAGAGGAGCACGCAGAAUACACAGCUCCGGAUUACUGCAGGACUGUCCAAAGUGGAAUCCAGUACUGCGGAUACAGUAUCAUUUGUGCCACUGCUGGUGUUUAUAGGACUGAAUUCAGAAAAAGGUAGCGGGGGGUUCAGGAAGAAAGAAGCAAUUCCUCAAGACGUCUGGUUUUAAGAUCAUGCCCUCUAGAUAACAGGCGCGGCAGUGAGGAUGCCCCCCCGGAAGCGGACGCGCCCCACUCUGGGGUUCCUGUGCUGCUUCGGCAGGAGUGAGCACCCUGAGAUCAACCUGAAGGACACAGUGCCCCUGCAGUUCCUUGAGUUCAGCGUGCCCAUGCCGCCCGCCGAGGAGCUGCAUGCCCGCUUCUCAGAACUCGUGGAUGAGUUGGAUCUCACUGAUAAGAACCGGGAGGCGAUGUUUGCCCUGCCGGAUGAGAAGAAAUGGCAGAUCUACUGCAGCAAGAAGAAGGAGCAGGAGGACCCCAAUAAACUGGCCACAAGCUGGCCAGACUAUUACAUAGACCGUAUCAACUCAAUGGCUGCUAUGCAAACUCUUUUUGCCUUUGAUGAAGAGGAGAUGGAGACGCGGAACAAAGUGGUGGAGGAUCUGAAAACAGCCCUGCGGACUCAGCCAAUGAGGUUUGUGACACGCUUCAUCGAGCUGGACGGGCUCACCUGCCUGCUCAACUUCCUGAAGAGCAUGGACUACCAGACGUCGGAGAGCCGCAUUCACACCUCGCUCAUCGGCUGCAUCAAGGCUCUGAUGAACAACUCGCAGGGGCGCUCCCACGUCCUGGCACACCCCGAGAGCAUCAACAUCAUCUCCCAGAGCCUGCGGCAGGACAACAUCAAGACCAAGGUGGCCGUGCUGGAGAUCCUGGGCGCUGUCUGCCUGGUGCCGGGCGGGCACAAGAAGGUCCUGCUGGCCAUGUGCCACUACCAAAAUUACAGCGCUGAGAGGACACGCUUCCAGACGUUAUUGAAUGAACUGGACAGAAGCACAGGGCGCUACAGGGAUGAAGUGAACCUGAAAACAGCAAUCAUGUCCUUCAUCAAUGCAGUUUUGAAUGCGGGUGCAGGGGAGGACAACUUGGAUUUCCGCCUGCACAUAAGAUACGAGUUCCUGAUUUUAGGAAUCCAGCCGGUAAUCGACAAGUUGAGAGGGCACGAGAAUGCAACCCUCGACAGGCACUUAGACUUCUUUGAAAUGGUUCGAAAUGAGGAUGACUUGGAGUUUGCCAAGCGCUUUGAUAUGGUGCACAUUGACACCAAGAGUGCCACACAGAUGUUUGAGGUGAUGAAAAAGAAGCUGACCCACUCAGAAGCCUACCCCUACCUUCUUUCGAUCCUUCAGCACUGUCUUCAGAUGCCAUAUAAGCGCAGUGCAGGCACCCUGCAGCACUGGCAGCUCCUCGACCGCAUCCUGCAGCAGAUUGUCCUGCAGGACGACAAGGGCGAGGACCCUGACGUGGCGCCCCUCGACAACUUCAACGUGAAGAACAUCAUCCGCAUGUUAGUUAAUGAGAAUGAAGUGAAGCAAUGGAGAGACCAAGCAGAAACAUUUAGAAAAGAACAUGCAGAGCUGCUGGCCCGUCUGGAGAAGAAGGAGCGGGAGUGCGAAACCAAGACGCAGGAGAAGGACGACAUGAUGAAGACCCUCAACAAGAUGAAGGACAAGCUGCAGAAGGAGUCUGUGGAGCUGAGGCAUGCCCGAGAGCAGGUGGUGGACCUGGCAUCCAGAAUCAACGAGCUAGCGGUGAGAGCUGUGGCCUACUACCCUCCUAAGGGGGGAGGGGGCGGGGGGUACGGAAAGAGGCCUUUCUCCUGUCGGGGGCCCCCUCCCCCUCCCCCUCCCGGGGGACCACCCCCUCCCCCAGGGGCUCCUCCCUUCUUCUGCACUGGGGUCCCCGGACCCCUGGCCUUCAACAACACCACCAGCCUCAGGAAGAAGUGCAUCCCCCAGCCAUCACACCCCCUCAAGUCCUUCAACUGGUCCAAGCUAGGAGAGAACAAGAUCAAUGGAACUAUCUGGAACGAGAUCGAUGACAUGCAGGUCUUCAAGGUUCUAGAUCUCGAGGACUUUGAGAAAAUGUUCUCAGCGUAUCAGAGGCAACAGGACCUGCUCACUAACCCCUCCUUCAGACAGCAAAAGGAGAUGGGCUCCAUGGAUGAGCUCUACCUGACCACCCGGAAGGUCAAGGAGCUGUCCAUCAUCGACGGACGCCGUGCCCAGAACUGCGUCAUCCUGCUCUCCAAACUGAAGCUCUCCAACGAGGAGAUCAGAAGAGCCAUCUUAGAAAUGGAUGAGCGGGAGGACCUUGCCAAAGACAUGCUGGAACAGCUGCUUAAGUUUGUUCCUGAGAAGAGCGACAUCGACCUCCUGGAAGAGCACAGGCAUGAGAUUGAGCGCAUGGCCAGAGCUGACCGCUUCCUCUUUGAGAUGAGCAGGAUUGACCAUUACCAGCAGAGGCUACAGGCCCUGUUCUUCAAGAAGAAGUUUGCUGAGCGUCUCGCUGAAGCCAAGCCCAAGGUGGAAGCAAUCCUGACCGCAUCACGGGAGGUAAUUUGCAGUAAGAGGCUGAAGCAAGUCUUGGAGGUGGUGCUUGCAUUUGGAAACUUCAUGAACAAGGGCCAGAGAGGCAACGCCUUUGGCUUCAAGAUCUACAGCCUUAACAAAAUCGCUGACACCAAGUCCAGUAUUGACAGGAAUAUCACCAUGUUGCACUAUUUGAUAAUGAUCUUUGAAAAGAGUUACCCUGAUAUCCUAAAUAUACAGCAAGACCUGCAAAGGCUACCAGAAGCUGCUAAAGUCAACCUGGCUGAACUGGAGAAGGAGGUUUACCACAUUAAGAGUGGUCUGAAGGCUCUUGAAGUGGAGCUGGAGUACCAGAAGAGCAGCAUUCCGGAGCGAGGUGACAAGUUUGUGCCGGUGGUGAGCAACUUCAUCACAGUGGCCAGUUUCAGCUUCUCUGAGCUGGAGGAUCAGCUGGCCGAGGCCAAGGACAAGUUCUCCAAGGCACUGCAGCACUUUGGGGAGGAUGAGGGCCGCAUGCAGCCGGACGAGUUCUUUGGGAUCUUUGACACAUUCCUGCAGUCAUUCAGCGACGCUCAGCAAGACCUGGAGAACAUGAGACGCAAGAAAGAGGAGGAGGAGCGGCGCGCACGCAUGGAGGCCAUGCUGAAGGAGCAGCGUGAGAAGGAGCGGAGGCUGAAGAAGACCAAGGCAGGCAGCAUCUCGGAGGAGAGUGGCGAGUUCGAUGACCUGGUGUCAGCACUGCGCUCGGGGGAGGUGUUCGACAAGGACCUGUCCAAACUGAAACGCAACCGCAAGAGAUCAGGGAGCCAGCUAGUGGAGAGCAGCAGCCGGGAGCGCACCAUCACCAAGGUCAAUUACUGACCAGUGAGUGAAAAGCUUCCACGCUUUCAAUUAAUAUACACAGAUAUAUUAAUUGCAGGAGUAAACACAGGGCCACUUAAGGUAGAUUUUAACAUGCUUUCCUAACGACUGUGGCCAGCCAAGCUGCCUUUUCACGGCCAGCCUGGAAUGUAAAAGAGAUUGGGAUCACUUUUCCAAGUGCCUCUGCUCCACAAGUUGCCAAGUGGAUGGACUUUUGUGGGAAAAAAUGAAACUGCCAUUAAAGGUGCAAAGACUAAUCGGAUUGAGGACGCACAGGGUCAUGGUUUUCAAAAAGUGUGACUUCAUACUGGCUCCACCCAAUGCCAAAGCAAAAAAAAAACACAUCCUUUAUAUAGUUAUACAGAGAGUUGUGAAGAUUUCACAGUCCUGUUUAUUUGUUCUUCUUUUUUUGUCAUCACUACCCAAUUUUGUGUUUUUAGAGGCUUGUGACUUGUUUUCUGCUGAAAAACAUAGUAUUUUCUCCUUUCAAGGCAAUUUCCUGGAAAGUUCUAAUUUGUUUGGCACUGGGGGAAUCAUCCAGAUACAGAAUUGUAAAUCACUCAGUCCUGUCUGCCAUUCACCACACUGCUGAGAAAAAAAAAAUGCUACAUGUUGUGAGUGUGAGAACUUUGAAGGCAGGAAUAGAAUGUAAGAUCCGUCCAUUGACAGUACCGUAUUAAUCCAGCACUUCACUACAUUGCAUUGCUAGUUUUACUAGCUUUCUAGAAACCAAAAUUAUGUAUAGGUAAAUGAUAAAAUAGUUUAGCACUUGACUAGCAGUGUUCCUCUGGUACUACUCUGCUGGUUGUUACAGCUGAUUAAAGGUAACCUAGUAGAAAUAUUUUACACUACUUGUAUUCGGUAUUCGGCAGACUCCUCUCGGUACUUUUUCUUAAGGCCUCAUAUAUAGCAUUACCAUGAACAAUGACUUUCCACCACUGAAGAACCCCUCUGCAAGAACUUCUUGAGAUGUGCUUAGGAAACCUGCUUUUAGUCAACUGUUAAUGAUCAUUAACAAAGCAGUGGUGGGGUUGGGGUGGGGUUUACAAGUGGUUUGCUAGUACUGGUUAAAUCCAGUACAGGCAGACACCAUGUUGUUGUUACAUAAGUAAUGCAGUCUUGUAUAUGGCACAAAGGAGGUAAACACAGUUCAGUUAUUAUUUUUGUUGUUAUUUGUUAAAAUAAGUUAUUUAAAGCACAUAACCAAAAGAACUAAUUGUGAUACGUCUAACCACCUUUCAUUGAAUCCUCCAGCAAACUAUUUGCAAGUCUUUUGCACAGUUUGCCUUUCUAUAGCACAGGAGUCUCCUCUUGCAGUGAGUAGGCCGCAAGGGAACUCAAAAGUAAUUUGCAACAAUCACUAGAUACAGUUCCUUUUCUGAAAAUUACUAUUAGGAGAUCAGACCUGCUUGUCCUGGAAAGGAAAGAGGGAGCGAAACAGAUCAGAGAUUUCAGAAGAUACAGUCAUCUCCUAUUCUGUUGCUGUGUUGCAGUACAAGGUUAAGAAAUACUGGGUUCAGAGUUUGUGCACGGUCAUUGUGGGACAGUCCGAUUUGUCAGCGCAUAAAAGGAAGGACCUCUGUCACCCACUAAAUACAAUGAAAUGGUCACAGUAAAAUGUAUUUCCUGUAGAUGCUCUGAAUAUUCUGCCACUGGGUAUUGCAUUGAAUUUAAGAGGAUGUAAAUAGGUAGGUCCGCAACUUUUUACGCUCCUCUCAGGUUGUUUUUGAUACCCAUAGAUUCUGAAGUGUUAAGCCCCCUGACAAAAUGUAGAUACAAGCGAUAUAGCAAUAGCUAAUGGAUUUUUCUCUCUUUUGUCAAUCAUGGUGGAGUUAAAGUUUGACCUUUUAUCAAGUGUUUUGGAUCCUUUUUGCUUUUAAACCAAAGGCAGCACUCUGAAGAAACUGCUGCCCCAAAAAGAGGCUCCCUUCCGACAACUUACUGCAGCACAGAAUUGCCCUUUAGAGCAUGGAAAAGGUAUAAUCGCUGGCUGAUACUGGGUGCUACCUGGUGGUAUAAAGGGAAGAGAAAAUAGUGCACAUAAUUAGUUUGUACCAGUUAGCUUUGUCAUAAAGACUGUUUAAUCAUAAUGGUUUUCCUUUCCCUGGCAAUUUAACAUAUAUAAGCAUUUUAUAAGGAUAAUUCUAGAUGAUUGCUUGAGUUACGUUUUUAAAUCCGCAAGAAAACAUGCUAUCAAAUUUUGUAUCAUAAUAUUUGUCAAAUACAACAAGUCAUUCCUACAACUCCUCCUUAUAUAUAUAUAUAUAUAUAUAAAGACAAUGUAUUUUUCCUACAUUGUACACCUCCUCAAGUUCAUCACCUGCUGGCAGAUUGCCUUUCAGAUGCCAAAUCAGUGAAAUAAAUAAGGUUUCUUAUAGUGUUUGCGAAGUUACUAAGGGCCAUAAAUUGGCUAGCAACCAAGCAUGUGUGAUUCAGAAUUGAUUUCAGUCUGGCCCCUGAGGAAGCCCUUAUAUUGGCUGUCUUGCUAUUGACAUGAUCUAUGUCUUUCUUGAGAGCUAACAGACACCUCAGUGCUAUAUGGAUGCUGCAGCAGAUAUUAAAAAAUACAAAAUGCACAAAAUAUUUCAGCAUUGGCUCUCUCCCCCUACCCCAACGGCCCCCAAGUCAAUCACUCAGUGAGAAUGGGCUAACUCCUAAUAAGUGAGCCAGUAUAACCAAUGUGCUUAUGGAAGUGCUAUGACUAAAAUCAUUUCAGAAUCAUACCUGAUAUUCUAACUUUAAAAAAAAGUUAUGUUAUUAAACAUGUUUUUACUGAAGUACCAUUUUGUUUUUGUAAUAAUAAUAAUGAAUGUUUGAAGAGUUUCAUGACAGAUUAGCAGGUCUAUCCUAUCCUAACAUUUCUGUGAGGGUAUAUACUGCAAUAACCCUACAGCCUACAUCUUUUCAGUGGCUUCUAUACAGUAAUUAUAGGGUCUUCCAAAUAUACAGGUUCCUUCGGUUCCUUCCAUGGAAACUGUUCAUGCCAAUGAAGAGAAGAAGCAAGUGCAAUAAUUAGUUUCACUUUAGUUUUGCAAUAAAAUCAGUUGCACUAAAGCAAAUGUGUCCCUUGGGCUCCUGGUGAAUUAGACUAUCUGUAAGGGUUCACCCAAGGAGAUGCUCCCUGCUUGCUUGCCAUGGCACUAGAAGUACUGGCUCUUGCUGUGCAUAGAGAUCCAUGCCUUUCCUGUAAUAAGCUAGUUGUGUUGCUGCACACAGCAGAUGGUUUCACAAUGAUCUCAGGAUAGAGUUGUGAUUUGCUGAAGGUGAAGGUCGCUAGUGUUUCAGAUUGUUUAUUUUUACUGACUUUCUUAGGGGAACAGAACACAUCUUUGAUAUAUUAUUUAUAAUACAUGUUUUCUGGAUCUUAUUAUCAAUACAAGCAAGUUCUCAGUUGACAAUCAUAAUCCAAGAGGAUUGGGGACCCAAAUCCUGAUCCCUCUCUUACGCUUUAAAUAUGUCUGCUGUUGGUUUCUAAAGAUCACCUUCGCUCUCCUGAAAUCAUUGUCUCCUAACUCAUCCCAGGGUCUACAUGGCACUAGAAUCCCCCAAAAUGUCCCAGCCUUCCUGUUCAGAUCAGGUCCGUUAGCUUUCAUGAUAGUCUGCAGGCCUGCUUAUAUAUCUUCCCUCCUUCACAGUUUUUACUUGAAGCUGCUGGUCUUGCUGAAGAAAGUCUAACAUUCCCUUGGAUUGUUCUCUGUCUGCUGUGCACAUGUUGCUUUAAGCUUCACCCAUUCAGACGAUAGACCAGGUGUUUCAGGAAAUACUUUGAUUACUCCAAUAUUAUUAUUAUUAUUAUUAUUAUUAUUAUUAGUAGUAGUAUUAUUAUGUAUUGUUUAACCCUCAAGUGCCUAUUUCCUUUAAUACCUGUACCUUAUUGUUCUGUUGCUUUUUUGGUGAACCUUUUUAAACGGGCAGUUUUAAAGGGGUGCAACUGUUUUAUAAAGCGGGUACCUUGUUAUAUUUAAUCCAGAACACACCAAUGCCAAUGUAUACACUGGUUCAUGGUACAGUGUUAGAUGAAGGCUCCUUGCAAGGAUCUGUUGGACUCUAUUUUAAUGACUGAUCCCAAUACCACUGUUCUUUAACUCAAAAUCAGUCCAGCUAUGGUGUUCCCUCUAGGGUGAUUCAUAGAAUCACUUAUUAGUAUUACUUCGUACAAUAAAGUAAAAUGAGGUUCAGGGUUAUAAAUUGUAAGACGGCAGUAUUAAGGUGUGAGACUGCUCAGACUAUAAAAACCAAAGACCUGAAGUUUUACUUAUCAAAGCAUCAACCCCCCCCCCCAGCUGCAUUCUAAUAGCUAAUCGGAGUAUGAACCUGUCAAUUACAAGAAGAGAAUGUCUCCAAAACAGAGGUUUCUCAAUUGUGUUCAUCACUGACCAAUACAGAUGGCAGAUUCCUGUCAGAUUCCUGUUUUUCUCAGUCAGGAGAAAAACAGUGGGUUUAUAAGACAGGUGUGGAAGUAAAGCAUGGACUAAAGCAUCAAAGCAUUAAACAAAAUGCAGAUUGGUAAUCAUUCAUCAUGAGCGUCUGAUCUUGCUAGAAGGGGAGAUGCUGUUUGAGAUCUCUUUGUUUUUGACAAUCUCUCUUACGGUUAGGAUCGGCAUGUCUCUUUCCAGGUACACGUGUUGUGUGUUUCUAUGGGCUUAAC